AAGGCUGAGGUCCUGGCUAAAUCGUUCUUUCCUCCACGCCCAGCAGAGUCUUCCGUGCCGACUGACUUCAUAUACGAUGAUCCCAUCCCUGGUACCUAUCACAACUUCUCACGGGCGCAGAUACGGGCCCAGGUUUCAAAGCUCAGCCCCUACAAGGCACCGGGUCCGGACGGUAUACCUAACGUUGUCCUUAUGAAGUGCAUUGAUGUCAUCAUCGAUCGCAUCUUCUUCAUAUUCCGUGCCAUCUUCACGCUCCGGACCUAUUACGGGCCUUGGAAAGAGUUUCUCACUAUUGUUCUUCGGAAAUUUGGUCGGGCGGCCUACGAUCUUGCCAAGUCCUUUCGUCCAAUUGCUCUGCUCUGCACACUGGCCAAACUCCUCUCUGCUCUAGUUGCAGGCCAGCUCUCCUAUCUGACUGAGCGCCAUCAGCUCCUCCCAGCUACACACUUUGGCGGA